CACCCCCCUCAAAGGCGGUGCACCAAACGCGGUAUUUUGUGGAUUUUCAACUUAGAGCGUUGAUGUGAAGCAGUAAUUUACUCCUGUAACCAAUUGUCAUCAAUCAAAAUAUUGCUUCUUGUCAAAAUAAGCACUUGGUUAUGUUUGCUGUGUAUCACAUCAAAACAAACAAACUAGUCCACUCCACAGUAGCUUUAAUAGUCGAUGCCAAGGCUACAUGGAUUACCAGAUCCGUGCGGAGUCGGGCCGACAACUUCUGGCCAGGCUUUCUUCCAGGCCAAGUCUAAAAGGACUGGACGAGCGAUUACUGGGCCCAGAUGGGCCAGCACCUCAGGAUGUGAUUGAGAUUGUCGGGGAGAACUCUGUGGGGAAGUCAGUCCUAGCCCUGCAGUGGGUAGCUCGUGCUAUCCUCUCGCCUCCCAGAGGGGGCCUUGGUGUGGAGAUUCUACUUAUUGAUGCAGAUCACCAUCAACCUCUGUUUAUGCUCAUUCAGUACUUGCAAGCUCGUAUGAAAUCAUUUGUUGCCCAGACUCCAGGGCUCAAACUGAACUCGAGUCUCAUUGAGACUUCAAUUAAGGAUGCUCUGAAACGACUUACCAUCAUUAAUGUUUACGACAGCACCAGUCUCUACACUGCUCUCUUAGCUCUUGACACAAUAUUAGUGUCAAAGCCCCAAAUCAGUAUGGUGGUUGUGGACAGCCUGCCAGCAUUUUAUUGGGCCGACCGUUUAUCUGGAGGACUGCAACAUAUGGAUUCCUAUCUUAGGCAAAUGUUGUCUGCUCUUCAAAAAAGCACCAGAGCACACAAAGUUACAGUUGCCUUCACGAGACCAAGUUAUUUCCAAUCAGCAGCACCAUCCCGCUUUCGGUCAAAGGAUGAUAGUGGUGCAAGCACAGUGUUUAUCAAUUUAAAUCGUUUUGAAGACGAAGCCAGUGAAAAUAAUACUUCUGGGAAGCAACCAGUUCAAGGCAUGAAACUGACCAAUUUGUAUUGUGCAACAGUGAGGACCCCUCAAGGUUUAAGAGUUCAUCGGUACCAUUUUACCAAGGAUGGCAUAGUUUGGCUGUGAUAAGGAUGUACAUGUAUGUAAUCUACAAUUAACUGUGAUGCCAUGUAUUUUAAGGAAAUGAUGUGAAAGGGUAAUCAUUAAACAUAGUUUGGUUAAAA